AUGGCGUCGGCCGUCUUCUUCCUCGACCUCAAGGGCAAGACCCUCUUGGCCCGCAACUACAGGGGAGACAUCCCCAUGUCGGCCGUCGAGAUGUUUCCCGUCCUGCUGAGCGAAGCCGAAGAAGAGUCCUCCGCGUACCUCUACAUCCGCCACAACAACCUGUACCUGCUCGCUCUCACAAAACGAAACACGAACGCUGCCGAGAUCCUGCUCUUCCUACACAAGAUUGUCGAGGUCUUCACCGAGUACUUCAAGGCCCUGGAGGAGGAAUCCAUCCGCGACAACUUUGUCGUCAUCUACGAGCUCCUCGACGAAAUGAUGGACUUUGGCUACCCGCAGACGACCGAAUCCAAGAUCCUACAGGAAUACAUCACCCAGGAAUCGCACAAGCUCGAAAUCGCCCGCCCGCCCAUCGCCGUGACCAAUGCCGUGUCAUGGCGUUCCGAGGGCAUCCGGUACCGGAAGAACGAGGUCUUCCUCGACGUGGUGGAGUCGCUCAACCUGCUCGUCUCGGCCAACGGCAACGUGCUGCGGUCCGAGAUUCUCGGCGCCAUCAAGAUGAAGUGCUACCUGUCGGGCAUGCCCGAGCUGCGCCUGGGGCUGAACGACAAGGUCAUGUUCGAGACGACGGGGCGCACGACGCGCGGCAAGGCCAUCGAGAUGGAGGACGUCAAGUUCCACCAGUGUGUGCGCCUGUCGCGCUUCGAGAACGACCGCACCAUCAGCUUCAUCCCGCCCGACGGCGAGUUCGAGCUCAUGUCGUACCGCCUCAACACCCAGGUCAAGCCGCUCAUCUGGGUCGAGUGCGUCGUCGAAUCCCACAGCGGCUCCCGCAUCGAGUACAUGCUCAAGGCCCGCGCCCAGUUCAAGCGCCGCAGCACCGCCAACAACGUCGAGAUUAUCGUGCCCGUCCCCGACGACGCCGACACCCCGCGCUUUCGGACCAACGUCGGCUCGGUGCACUACGCCCCCGAGCAGAGCGCCAUCGUGUGGAAGAUCAAGCAGUUUGGAGGUGGCAAGGAGUUCCUCAUGCGCGCCGAACUGGGCUUACCUAGUGUUCGGGGUGAUGACGAGCACGGCGGUGGCAUGACGGGUGGGUUUGGAGGCAGCAUGGGCGGCAUCGGGGCGCCUGGCAAGGGGGCGAAGAGGCCGAUCCAAGUCAAGUUUGAGAUCCCCUACUUCACUACGAGCGGGAUCCAGGUGCGCUAUCUCAAGAUCACAGAGCCAAAGCUCCAAUACCCCUCACUUCCAUGGGUGCGCUACAUCACACAAUCUGGAGACAUUGCCGUAAGGUUACCAGAUGUGGUAUGA